UAGUCUUUUAUAUUAACUUAUAGUUAUCAUUUAGAAAGGGAAGAACUCGAACUCGAUUGAUAAUAAACGAACAGUGGAUUGUACAAUGGAGAGAACGAAAAUUCAAGUGCUUUAUGAUGCUUCUAAUGCUGUUUUUUCUCAAAAGGAGCUUCCAAGUUUCAAACAAAUUCAAUGGCUGAAAAGCAUCCUAGAUGUACUUGAGGCUGUUGAUGUUGGCAUAGAUGAAUUUAGCCUGCAUAGACCGAGCAUCAAGGGACUGAUUUGUGGGCAAGCAGUCUCUGAAAUUACUUACAUUCACAUUCACGAGUGUGACAGUUUCUCUAUUGGCGUAUUUUGCUUCCCAGCUGGCGUGACUUUUCCCCUUCAUGAUCACCCGGGCAUGACGGUUCUAAGCAAAAUCCUGUAUGGAUCCCUUUACAUCAAAGCCUACGAUUGGGUGAAGGUGGAUAAAUCAAGCUGCCGCAUAAAUGGAUUAGCAGGCGCGGUGGUGGAUGGAAUGUUCAAUGCACCAUGCGAACCAUCCAUCCUGUUUCCAAGAAGUGGUGGAAACAUUCAUUCGUUGACUGCCUUGACUCCCUGUGCAAUAUUGGAUGUAUUAUCUCCACCAUACUCUGAAGAGAUGGGAAGGCCUUCCACUUACUUUUCAGACUUUCCUAUUCCCUCUCUCCCCGGUUAUGCAAUACUCGAGGAAAAAGAUAUGCCGCAAGACCUAGUAGUUGCUGGAGCACCAUACCUUGGCCCUCCAGUUGAUGAGGCGACCAUGUUGGCGUGAAUAUAUAUAAGAGGAGGACUCUUUAAUUAGCUCAAUGAUGAAUCUUAGCAUUAGUA